AUGGCAUCCUGUCCGCACGUUUCCUCCGCGGCUCUUCAACCUCCACGCCCCUCACAGUCCGUCUAUCGAGAAGACUGCACUCUGUGCUUCGACGGCGCCGAUGAUCCCGCUGGCCUAGACGUCUGUCUGCAUUGCUUCAACGGCGGGUGCGCAGGCGAGAGAGUACACGGACGACUUCAUGCUCAACAAUUCCAACAUCCGCUUGCCGUCAACAUCACUCGCACCCGCAAACGCAAGCAGCGUGACGAUGGCGAACCCGCAGCCAAGAUCAGCAAACUCGAGAUCAUUGCAGAGACCGAUGCCGAUCGAUACGAUACAAAGACGGAAGUGAAGUGCUUCGAGUGUGGCGUGGAAGGAAUCGACACGGCCGGCAACAUUGGCGAAGUCGUACAAGGCGUGCUGAAGGCGAACACUUUCGCGCAAGAGCAAGAAGUCAAGGCAUGGCAGCUGGAGAUGGAGACUUGCGAGCAUGUGCUUUGUCUGGAGCAAGAGUCAGGACGUAUAAUUGCUAGUGGCGAUCUGGGACAAUGUCAGGGCUGCGAGCUGAAGGAGAACCUCUGGCUCUGUUUGACCUGUGGCAACCUGGGCUGUGGACGACAACAAAUGGGCGGACUGCCUGGUAACUCACACGCGCGACUUCACGGUGAUGCUACUGGUCAUCCGGUGGCUGUCAAGCUUGGGAGCAUCAGCGCUGAGGGACAUGCAGACAUUUACUGCUAUACCUGUGACGAAGAGCGUUUGGAUCCUGAGCUGGUGGCUCAUCUGGCAAAUUGGGGCAUCGAUCUGACUGGACGUGUCAAGACGGAGAAGACGCUGGGAGAGAUGCAGCUGGAGCACAACCUGUCAUACGAAUUCAGCAUGCUUGGGGCGGAUGGUAAGCAGCUCAAGCCCAUGUUCGGUCCUGGCUUGACUGGACUGAGCAACCUGGGCAACAGCUGCUACCUCGCAUCCAUCUUGCAGUCGCUCUUCGCCAUGCCGGAGUUCUCCAAGCGAUACUACCGACCCGAUGAGCCUCUACCACCUCUCACAGAGCCAGCGGCCGACUUGGAAGUCCAACUACGCAAACUUGCGGAUGGCCUACUUUCUGGCCGCUACAGCAAACCGGACUCUCGCAUCGCAUCUGAGAAUCCAGACGAAGUGGCACACCAAAAAGGGCUGGCGCCUGCGAUGCUCAAACAUCUCAUCGGUCGUGGGCAUGCCGAAUUUGGUACCAUGCAGCAGCAAGAUGCGUUUGAGCUGCUACUGCAUCUGCUGAAGCUCAUUUCUCGCUCCCAGCAAAGCGCGCGGAGCCAGUACAAGGACAUAUGCGACCCUGUGGACUCAUUCCGAUUCUACAUGGAGCAGAGAUUGCAAUGUCUGCAAUGCAAGAAGGUGCGCUACCGUCAGGAUGAGAUGGAGAACAUCUCAGUGGCAGUGCCGAUCAAGCGACUUCCUCAGGAUGUAGACAUGACCGGCGACUCGAACGAGAAGAAAGAGCAGUUCGAAUCAGUCACACUCAAGCAAUGUCUUGAUGACUUCACCGCACCUGAAGUCGUUGAGCUCACUUGCAAUGGCUGCGGGAGUAAAGGUUUCACCAAACAAACUCUUUUCAAGACCUUUCCGACCAUCCUCGCGGUCAAUGCGAGACGGUUUGAGAUUGUCAACUGGGUUCCCACCAAACAAGAUGUGCCUGUCAUCGUUGGUGAUGAGAUUUUCGACAUGGAAUCCUACCGCAGCAAGGGCAAACAAGACGACGAGGAGGCACUUCCAGAGGACAAGGCUGCCGCCGUUGGUGGAAGCAGUGCAUUUUCGCCGAAUGAAGCCGCAUUGGAGAUGCUGAUGAGCAUGGGCUUCCCGCGUGUGCGCUGCGAGAAAGCGCUGCAUGCCACGGGCAAUGCGGACGCAGAGGCAGCGGCUGGGUGGUUGUUCGAGCACAUGGAUGAUGCGGAUAUCGAUAUCCCGAUAGAUGCUGGAAAUGCCGGAGGUGCAAGUGCUGCUGGUGGUGGUGCCAUCGACCCAGAAGCGAUCGAGAAUCUGGGCAAUAUGGGAUUCUCCGCUCCUCAAGCUCGACAGGCAUUGAAGGAGACCGGCGGCGACAUGGAGCGUGCUGUCGACUGGCUCUUCUCACAUCCCGAUGCUGUUGGCGACUUUGGCGAAGACGACAAUGCUGCUGCUGCCGGGACGCCUGAAGCUCCACAACAGAUUGAGGUCGAAGACACGAAACCUGCAAAGUUCUCCCUGAGCAGUAUUGUCUGUCACAAGGGCUCUAGCAUCCAUGCGGGACAUUAUGUAGCGUUUGUGAAGAAGCAGGAAGGCUGGGUGUUAUUCAAUGAUGAGAAGGUUGCAUUGGGCGGAGAUGUCGACGAGAUGAAGAAGUUUGCAUACGUCUACUUCUUCAGGAGAGAGGGCGCGUGA